AUGGCUGAAGUUACCAGCCCAGCAAAGGCGAGCCCUGCGGUCGGCCCCGAGAAAGCGAAUACUCGCCCGGCCCGGGGGUCUCGUCCUCCUAGACCGAAUUACAAACACAUUCAUCGCUUUCCUUUUCCACUCAAUGUUCAGCCUGUUCUUCUUCCACCUGUAAUUCCUCAUAACCCCGUCUCAAUCAUUAGUGCUGUCCUCUCGUACCUUACCUUCCUUAUCUCUCCACCUAGCCAAGAAAUCUACUCUGCAUACUUCGACCCGGCGACCUCCUCCAUCCAUGUGACGGACGAGAGGGCGAUCAGAGCACUGUGGGAGAGGGGCUUCUUCGGCAAAGGCAACCUGAGCCGGAGUGAGCCCAGUUGGUUGGAGCGCGAGAAGAAGAGACGGGGCUUGCUCGGCGGUCAAUCCAGCGAGGAGGUCACCAGGAAGCGCAGGGCAGAACGACGUGAAUUGAAGCUGGAACGAGCGAGAUCGGAAAGGCUUCUCAUUGAGGAACGGCUCAAAGUUGAGGCGGCUGCUCGAGAGUCCGGCAGGGCAACACCGUCGACAGACGGUGUCGCCGAUGCGACAGCAAUCACAAUCGAAAAAUUUUCAGUCAAGAAGGCGAUGGACGCCAAGUAUCGCGAAUCCCGCGAAGCACGACUACGCACAGCGCAAAACGGAGAGCCUGUGCCAGCCCCCGAUGCGUCGUCGUCUGCCAAUGGCAAAUCCGUGCGCUUUUCGUCUGUCGCUGAAGAGAAGGAGGUAACGUCGACCUCGACUAUUCCGCUCCAGGACUCGAGUUCCACCUAUGGUGACGACGUCGAUGCCGAUGAUAUCUUUGAGAACCAGGAGCACCUUCAAAUUUCUAAUGAAGAAGCAUUCUUCCUUGUCUACGGAUUAGGCGUUUUGCGAGUCUUCGAUCGUGAACAAAGUUCCGCCAUCCCAGCAUCAUCUCUACUUCCUCUUCUCCGCCGGCACUCCUACUUCCCUCCCAAUGACGAUUCCGCCAAGUUGGAGCCGGACGAUCCUUUCAUGCUAUCCUACGUCGUGUACCACCACUUUCGAUCCCUUGGGUGGGUAGUGCGGUCUGGUGUGAAAUUCGGAACUGACUACUUGCUCUACAACCGCGGGCCAGUCUUUUCUCACGCCGAGUUCGCUGUCAUUAUUGUUCCUUCCUAUACCCAUUCAUACUGGUCGCAGACAGAGAAACUGAAGGAGUAUGCAGCUGCCAAGCAGGCUCGUAGCUGGUGGUGGCUGCACUGCGUCAAUCGUGUCCAGGCCCAGGUCAAGAAGAGUCUCGUUAUCUGUUAUGUCGAGGUGCCGCCGCCGGUCGAUUCAUCGCAGGAUAUUGGAACCCUGCUAGGCCAAUACCGCGUGCGGGAAUUCCUUUUGCGACGAUGGAUCCCUAAUCGCACUCGUGACUAG